CUUACCAGGUGAGGGAUAAAAAAAAAAUCCGUAACAUUAAGCUCAUCUGAUGGAAGCCCAGCAAUACAACCAUUAUAUAUUCUGUAGUAAUUUAGGAAAAUGGGUUGGUUUUGGGCAGACAGUACGGAUCUGAAAGAGGCUGCAAAAUGUCCGGUUGAUCAUACAAGUUUUCAAAAGACAUCUACCCCACAAGCUCUGGCUUGUCCUAUUGAUCACUCUUCAUUCAAAUCAUCUUCAGUAAGUGAAUGUCCUGUUGUUGGAGGUGAUGAAGUUCUUAAUCCUUUGAAUAAUAUGCCUAUGGCAAUCUCAUCGGAACUUGCACCUGGACAGAAGAUUAAGCUUUCUACUGAAAGAACCAUCUCUACUAUUCCUAGAGGUGAAAGUGAUGAUCAAGGUCUUUGGGAGUAUCCAUCACCUCAACAAAUGUUAAAUGCUAUGUUAAAGAAAGGUAAAGGGGAUGGAAUUCCUGAAGAUGCUGUUACAUCUAUGGUAGAAGUUCAUAACUUUUUAAAUGAAGGAGCUUGGCAACAAAUUUUACAAUGGGAAGAUAAGUAUACACAAGAUACUAGAGUAGAACCAAGAUUAUUGAAAUUUACUGGUAGACCUCAUGACUUAUCUCCAAGAGCUCGUAUGUAUUUAUGGUUGGGACAAGUAUUUCCAAAUACUUUCAAUACUCAACCACCUUUUGAUAGACAUGAUUGGACAGUAUUAAGAUCUUUGGGUAGAAACGAUGGUUGGAAACCUGUAAGAUACGUCAUUGACUAUUAUAGUGCUCCUGAUGAUGAAGAUACAGGAAUGCCAUCAUUUGUAUUGGAUACAAGACCGGCAUUGGAUAAUCCUCAAAAUGCUUAUGAUAGAUUCUCACAUUGGGCUUAUCCAUUAUAUAAAAAGGCCAUGGGAGAAUUUGACGAUUAAUGAACUUAAACAUACUAUAUCCUAUUUAUAUUAUUUAUUCGAUUUGUUUAGCUAACUAUGUACA